AAUGAUUAUUUGAUAAUAUUGGAUGUACUAAAUUAUGAAUUUAAAAAUGAAAGUUUCUUGGAACUGGACCGAGCUCUGUGGUCCUAAUGAUUUUGUUCCAUUAUUUCGCCCAGGGUAUGUGUUGAGUAUUUGUGCAGAAAUGGCAGUAAUUCGUCUACCUAUACUAUUUAUAUUUAUGUUGACAUCAACAUAUUACUGUAGUCAUCUGUCUGAUUGGAUAAUACGUACCAGACGUGAAACUAAUGUUCUACGUUGCCGUAUAAUCAUUGCUAGUAUGCUGUCAAUCUUGCCAAUAUUACAACUAAUUUGGGAAGUAUACGAAUUCACUGAAAGCCAACUAUAUCCAAUUGAAAGUUUAGUUUUAAUAAUCCAAUGUUUUACAUGGUUGAUACAUACAUUAUACAUUGCGUGUAUCCGCCAUCAUUUAGGAACAAGCUUAAGAGGUUCAAAAGUUGUAAUAAUCGCUUGGGUUUUAUGUUUUUUAUCGUCAAUAAUAUCCUUACGUAGUACUUUCAUAGUAUUUAUUGAAAGUACUUAUGUAACUAUUUUACAAGUUAGACUAUGGUUUACGUUAUUCAAUUGGAUGCUUCAAGUAUUUUAUUUUUUUACCAUGCUCUUUAAAGAAGACGUUGUAAGAAUAAGGCAUGUAGACAGACUUCGUUUUCUUGCCCAGCAAUCACUUGAGAGACGUUCUUUAAUGACUUCGUCAUAUAGUCGUUUUAAUGAUGAAUUUGAUCCAUACUAUUUGGGUAUGGCAUGUGAUAAUGAACAUUAUGGUUUUAUGUCUUGGCUCACAUUUGGUUGGGUUGGCAAUUUAAUUUCCAAAGGAGACAAAAAAAGGUUACAUCAUACGAGUGAUUUGUUUGAUUUACCUGAAUGGUUGACACCAGUGUAUGUGUCAGCUAAAAUGGAAGAAGCAUUUAGACAUCAACCCUCUGUAACAGCUGCAUCGCCUAUUCAUUUGCCAGCUGAUCAUCAAUCUAGAGUACCAAAAAUAUCAUUGUUACAAGCUCUACACAAAUGUUAUGGAAAACAAUUUUAUGGGAUUGGAUUACUUAAGUUAUUUGCAGACAUUUUUGGAUUCGCAGCACCUAUUUUUUUAAGUAAACUGAUUGAAUUUGUAUCACAUCAUGAAGAACCAAUAAGUCAUGGAUAUGUAUACAUGGCAGGGCUUGUCUUAACGUCACUUAUAAGUACAUUAUUUAGUGCACAUUUUGAAUACCAAAUACACAUGAUAGGAAUAAAAAUCAGAGGUACUUUAGUGACUAUGAUUUAUAAAAAGACAUUAGAAUUAAAUACUGUAAUGUUAAACAACUUUAGUAUUGGAGAAAUAAUUAAUUUUAUAAGUACUGAUACUAGUAAUUUAGUGAAUGCUUGCAAUAGUUUCCAUUCAAUGUGGAGUGUACCUUUUCAAUUGGUUAUUGUUUUAUAUUUACUUUAUCAACAAUUGGGAAUCGCUUUCUUGUCAGGAGUGUUUGUGUCUAUUUUACUGAUACCUGUAAACAAGAUUAUUACUUCAAAUAUUGGUAAAUUAACUGAAAAGUUAAUGAAAGAAAAAGAUAAACGUGUUAGAUUAAUGUCUGAAAUUAUAAAAGGUAUUCGAGUAAUUAAAUUUCAUGUUUGGGAAAAAUAUUUUAUUGAUAAAGUUAGCGAUUACCGAAAAGGUGAAGUCAAAAACCUGAAAAAAAGAAAAUAUUUGGAUGCUUUAUGUGUGUACUUUUGGGCUACAACCCCAGUAACAAUAUCAAUGUUGACUUUUUCAACUUAUAUUUUUCUUGGAGGUCAAUUAACAGCAUCAAAAGUAUUUACCAGUAUGGCUCUACUUCAUAUGUUAAUAACACCAUUAAAUGCUUUUCCUUGGAUACUGAAUGGUGUCACUGAAGCUUGGGUGUCUGUUAAAAGAAUUCAACGUUUAAUUGAAGUAGACGAUUUACAAUUACAGUCUUAUUAUAGUCUAAUGCCAGUUCAGUAUGGAAAAACAUUUGAUAAUGCUGUGUCAUUGACAAAAUGUUCCUUUAAUUGGGGCCUUAGAUCAUUCCAACUUAAAAACAUAAAUUUUUCUGUUGCCAAAGGAUCUUUUGUUGGUAUUGUUGGGCCUGUAGGUAGUGGAAAAUCUACUUUGUUAGCUGGCAUUUUAGCUGAAAUAAACAAAGAAGAAGGAAUAAUUGCAUCUUCAAAUAUGAGAGAUGGAUUUGCAUUUGUUGCACAGACACCGUGGAUUCAAAAAGGAACAAUAAAAGAUAAUAUACUAUUUGGUCAGAAUUUCAGUUUGGAAAAAUACAAAACAGUUAUCAAAAGUUGUGGUCUAGUUAAGGAUUUACAAGAAUUUUCUAGAGGGGACUUAACUCUUAUUGGUGAAGCAGGAGUAACUCUGAGUGGUGGUCAAAAAGCUCGUUUGGCUCUUGCCCGUGCUGUAUAUCAGAACAAAUUUAUGUAUUUAAUGGAUGACAUUUUUGCUGCGGUAGAUAUUAAUGUUGCUCAACAUUUAUAUACUCAUUGUAUUAAUGGCUUACUUAAAGAUAAAACACGUAUCAUUUGUACACAUAAUAGUCAAUUUUUACUCUCAGCUGAUUGGGUAUUAAUAAUGAAUAACGGUACAAUUGUAAAUCAAGGUCGACCUUUUGAAGUGCUAAAUGAUUAUGAUGUGAAAACUGUAGAUGUCAAAUUUGAUGAAGCAAAUAAUAGCUCAUACCUAACUAUGGAUGAUUGGACUCCUAUUAAAGAAUCCGAAGUUAUAAAUGAUUUGAAUGACAGAGAAGACCAAGAAGAAGGAGUGAUUAAUUUAUCUGUUUAUAAACAAUAUUGGAAAUCUGUUGGAGAUGUAAUUGUAUACCUGCUAUUUUUUGCUAUAGUUAUAAUGCAGGGUACUCGAAAUAUAUCAGAUUUAUGGUUAUCUCACUGGGUAAAUGAAAUGAAAAAUCAACAUGAUGAUAACGCUAUUGAAGAUUUUAAAGUUAUACAAGAUGAAAAUAAUGAAUAUUUAUAUACUUAUACAUUAAUUGGUAUGAUAAACUCGGUUGCUACAUUUUUUAGAGCCUUUAUAUUUGCAUAUGGUGGAAUUAAGGCUUGUAAAAAAAUACAUGACUGUUUAUUAGCCUCUGUUAUGAGUGUAAAAACUACAUUUUUUGAUAUAAAUCCUCUUGGCAGAAUAUUAAAUCGAUUUUCAUCAGAUAUAAAUAUUAUUGAUGAUUCAUUACCAUUUAUUUUAAAUAUUUUUAUUGCCCAAUUUUUUCAUGUUAUUGGUACUGUAGGUUCCAUUAUAUAUAGUAUACCUUGGGCUUUAAUUAUUGCUGUGUUUUUAACUCCUUUAUAUUAUAAAUUGCAAAUACGAUACAGAAAUUCAUCUCGUGAACUUAGACGUAUAUCAACUGUAGCACUAUCACCGCUUUAUAACCAUAUAAAUGAAUCAUUACAGGGAUUAUCAACAAUACGUGCUUUUAGAGCUGUAUCCAGAUUUGAACGUGAAAAUGAAGACAAUCUUGAAAACUAUCUGAAAGCAGAUUUUUCUUCACAGUUAGCAUUUUUAUGGUUCAAUUUCAGAUUAAGAAUCAUGGGACUAACUAUGUUAUUUUUUAUUAGCUUAAUUUCUGUAUUUAUUCAUCAGUGGAAUCUCACCAAUGCAGGAUAUCUUGGGUUGUCAUUGACUUAUGCAUUAGCAUUGACAAAUCUACUUGGAGGAUUAGUGAAUGCCAUUGCAGCAACAGAAUGUGAUAUGAUUAGUUUAGAACGUGUUUUUAGUUAUAUUGAUAACUUAGAAAAUGAGACUGAUGUUGAAGACUCUGUUUCGCCUCCAUUUGCAUGGCCAACAAAUGGAAUUAUACAAUUUUCCAAUGUUUUUCUAAAAUAUAGACAUGAUUGUUCAAUGUCUUUGAAUGGAGUUUCAUUUGAAACAACUUCUUCAGAAAAGAUUGGUGUUAUUGGUCGAACAGGAGCUGGAAAAAGUUCAUUAUUAGUGGCUUUGUAUAAAAUGUGUGAUAUUAGUAGUGGUGCCAUUUUUAUAGAUGCUGUGAAUCUUUCUAAAAUUUCUUCGAGACAAAUAAGAAAUCGUUUAUGUAUAAUACCUCAAGAUCCGUUUUUGUUUGAUGGUACCAUACGUGAAAACAUUGAUCCAUUUAAAGAAUAUAUGGAUUCAAAUAUAUGGUCUGCAUUGCAACGCUGCCAUUUAGCAGCAACUGUUAAACGUUUAGGUGGUUUGGGAUGUUAUAUUGGAGAAAAUAUCAACUUAUCUGUGGGUGAAAAACAAUUGCUGUGCUUAGUAAGAGCAAUACUAAAGAAUUCUAAAGUAAUAUGUGUAGAUGAAGCUACUGCAAAUGUAGAUGAAAUGACUGAUCGCAAAAUACAAGAAACAAUAAGAACUGCAUUUAAACAUAGUACUGUUAUUACUAUUGCUCAUAGAAUUCGAACUGUGAUGGAUAGUGAUCGAAUUUUAGUGAUGGACAAUGGGAAAGUAGUAGAAUUUGAGUCUCCAAAUGUUCUAUUAGAAAAUAAAAAUUCUUAUUUUUAUAAUUUGAUUCAACAAGAAUUCAAAUAAAAACUUGUGAUCUCAGUUUCACAAUUUUAAUGGUGCGAUUUAAAAUAAAUAAUUUAAGUUUUUUUUUAUUAUAUAUUUAACUAUAUUUUAUCCAAUUAAUGAUUAAAUUUGU